GAAACACACAGGUGUAUAAAACGGAGGCAGAGCUGAAGGCGAGCAGAGAACCAGAGAGAAUCUGGAAACAGCGGAUCAGCAGUGUGGACAUACAGGCUCAGGACCAGGACCUUUGGACAGCUCAGCGCAAAGAACCAAAACAGGCAACUUCAUCAAGCACACAUGUGUAAAGCGAUGCUAACGCGGUCCGGUCCCCACCUGCUCCUCCUAAUAGCCCUGUGCAGUGUGUUGUACUCCCGGACCCUGAGUCUGCCAUACACAUCCAUGAGACCGACGAGACACGCAGACGGACUGUUCACCAGCGGAUACAGCAAACUCCUGGGACAGCUAUCAGCGCGGAGGUACCUGGAGUCCCUGAUUGGAAAGCGGGUCAGUGACGAGCUGAUGGACGAGCCGGUGAAGCGCCACACAGACGCCAUCUUCACAGACAACUACAGCCGCUUCCGCAAACAGAUGGCCGUCAAGAAGUACCUGAACUCAGUGCUCACAGGAAAGAGAAGCCUAGAAGAUCCAGGAAACAGCGACCAGGAGGAGUCCAGGGACGAACCCAACACCUUCCAGGAGAGCUACGACGACAUCAACGUAGACCACCUCCUAAACAACUUUCAGCUGCCGCUUUGAGGAGGGCCGUCUGCUCGAGUCGAUACCUCAAGUCAUCCUCAUGAAACCGCUCAUUCCAAAAAACAAAAAAACAAAAAACAACAACGCAGUAGUAAUCCAAAGGACAUUUGAGACGUCAGAUCCGCCGAUGAUGAUGUGUUUUAUCCUCUGAUGUGGUUAUCUAUCUAUCCAUCCACACAGUACAUGUUUACACUGUAUAUACACCGUAUAUAUACACACACAUUCAACGCUAAUCCCUAAAGACUCUCGGGGUUGCACAGAGCAACACGCGUGUCCACUUUGGUCCAUCAGCAGCAGGAAAUAUUAACAGAAGCACCUCGUUUGCUUUCUUUCUGUUGUUCCACUUCCCUGGAACCACUGUUCUAUUAAAUCUGAGAAAAUCCAUCUAAUCAUUUUACCCACUGAGUAUCAACAGAACACUGUUUUCUGCCUUGAUUUUGAGUCAAUGUUCUGCUUUGAAUCGCUGAUAAAUCCGAAUAUAUUCUCAAAAAAUUCCCCUCACAUGAACUCCAUUAACUUUCAGUGAAGAAUUCCUUCAUGUAGCGGAUGUAGCUCCUUUAGAUUUCCGUAAAAUUGCAGCUUUGCAGCUGUAAAUCACACAAAUUGUGCAUUAAUUUUAAUUAAAUAACAUCCCAGUUCACUUUGAAUGCACAAUACUUCGAAUUCAGUCGAAUAUUUGUUUCAAAAUGUCCAAUUAGAAUUUCUUUUAAACUUCAGAAACACUGAAUGUCAACAGAACAAGAUGUAAUUCCAGUAGGUAUGUUGAAUUUCAAAUGGUUAAAAGUUUUCAAAUUAACUUUACAUGGGAUAUUUAUGUGAUUAAACUCAUUUUAUUCAAAAAGAAGCUCCAUCACCUUCAAGUGGAGAAGUUUUUCAACUAAUCUUAAAUGGAACACGAACACCAUUAACUUUCAGUGUUUUUGGCGAUUUUAUAAAACUUUUAUGAGAAAAUUGGCCUUUUUUUCAUAGUAGCUCUUCUUCCAUUAAUAUUAAAUGGACAGAAUUCCCAAAUUAGUGUUUAAUGUGACGAGCAUUCCAUUAAAUCUGAUGAAUCCUUUAAGUAUUGCUGACCGUCCAUGGCAACAGUAAUAUUUCUGAUGUGUUUAUUUUAAGUGUCUCUACUAUGAUUUCUAGCAUUAAAUGAAUCCUUGGUGAUAUAAACUCUAAAUGGAACAUUUGUCUGAUUUAUUUUUAACCAACUGUUCCAUUGCAUUUCAACAGAACAAUAAAUAAUACCAUUAGCUUUCUGAAAUAUUCCCCCGUUUACUAUCAAUAGAAUAACAGCUGCAUAGAAUUACUAUAGAACAUUUGAUUUAUUUGUUCAUUUUCAGUAGGUUUAAAUGGGACCGUCAGUUCCGUUGUGUUAAAUUCUAAACAAACUGUAAACUUUCAGCGGUGCAAUCAUGAUCAGAGCUGUUCUAGAGGAAACAUUCGUGGUCUUCUGAUGAUCAAACGGUGAUUUUUGGGCGACACAGAUGCAUAUAAUCACUUUUUACUUAUUCAACAUGUAGAGCAAAGACGUUAUAACUGUGCAUAGACCUGCCUUUAGUGCAUAUAGUGCUGUACACCGCUCACCAAAUAAAAGAUGUUAUUUUAUUUUUCAAAGCUGAGUCGUUUUGUCUGGCUGAUAGUUUGACGAUUAGAGACAUUUACAUUUGAUCACGAUGUUUUUUUUUAAGGUAAAAUUUUCAGAGUUUAAGCUGCUGGUGGCUGAUACUGUGUGUGUUUGAGAGAUUUCAACAAAGAAUUUUGGUUGAAAAACAACAAAAAGACUGUAAUGAUCUGUAAAAUCUUUGGCUGUUUUGCACGUCUAAGGAAAAUGCAAAGUCUCAUAUAGAAUAAAGUGUAUUUAUCUGGAUUUGAACCUA